CAGAGGCGGCGCGCAGCCACGGGCCCCAUGCCGGCAGCCAACAUGAUGGAGAGCCUGCAGCUGCCCGCCCUGCAGGUGCCCGAGGCGCGGGGCGCGCCUGAGGUCAGCCCGGUCUGGUCCAGCUCGUCCACCCCCACACUCCGCCGCCGGCGAUUCAAGAUGCGCCGGAUGAAGAAUGUGCAGGAGCAGAGCCUGGAGGCCGGGCUGGCCCCGGGCAAGGAGUUCCUGCAGCUGCCGUCCAUCGAGAUCACGCCCUCCAGCGACGAGGACACGCCGUGGUCCAACUGCUCCACACCCAGCGCUUCCCCGCGCCGAAAGCGCUUCCUCCUCCGCAAGUGGCUGCAGGUGCGGGAGCGGAAGGAGUGCAGUGAGAGCAGCAGCCAGCAGAGCAGCCACGACGACGACCCUAGCAGGUUCCUGAGCCCCCGAGUGCGGGAGGAGAGCACUGCCAGUAACUCAAACCGCAGCACGCCGGCCUGCUCCCCCAUCCUCCGGAAGCGGUCCCGCUCACCAACCCCACAGAACCAGGACGGAGACGCCAUGGUGGAGAAGGGCUCAGAUCACUCCUCGGACAAGUCGCCGUCCACGCCGGAGCAGGGCGUGCAGCGCAGCUGCUCCUCACAGUCUGGCCGGAGUGGGGGCAAAAAUUCCAAGAAAAGCCAGAGUUGGUACAAUGUCCUGAGCCCCACGUACAAACAGAGGAACGAAGACUUCAGAAAGCUCUUCAAGCAGCUUCCAGACACGGAGCGCCUCAUUGUCGAUUACUCAUGUGCACUCCAAAGAGACAUCCUUCUUCAGGGCCGGCUCUACCUCUCAGAAAACUGGAUCUGCUUCUACAGCAACAUCUUCCGCUGGGAAACCCUGCUGACGGUCCGUUUGAAAGACAUCUGCUCCAUGACUAAGGAGAAGACGGCUCGCCUCAUCCCCAAUGCCAUCCAGGUUUGCACUGAUUCAGAAAAGCACUUUUUCACCUCGUUCGGGGCCCGGGACAGGACGUAUAUGAUGAUGUUCCGGCUCUGGCAGAACGCCCUCCUGGAAAAGCCCCUGUGCCCCAAGGAGCUCUGGCACUUUGUCCACCAGUGCUACGGGAACGAGCUGGGCCUGACCAGCGACGACGAGGACUACGUGCCCCCCGACGACGACUUCAACACUAUGGGCUACUGCGAGGAGAUCCCCGUGGAGGAGAAUGAGGUGAACGACAGUUCGUCCAAAAGCAGCAUCGAGACCAAGCCGGACGCCAGCCCGCAGCUGCCCAAGAAGUCCGUCACCAACAGCACCCUGACGUCCACGGGCAGCAGCGAGGCCCCCGUCUCGUUUGACGGGCUGCCGCUGGAGGAGGAGGUGCUGGAGGGAGACGGGGCCCUGGAGAAGGAGCUCGCCAUGGACAGCAUCAUGGGGGAGAAGAUCGAGAUCAUCGCGCCCGUGAACUCCCCUUCGCUGGACUUCAACGACAACGAGGACAUCCCCACCGAGCUCAGUGACUCUUCCGACACUCAUGAUGAAGGGGAGGUCCAGGCCUUCUACGAGGACCUGAGCGGCCGGCAGUAUGUGAACGAAGUCUUCAACUUCAGCGUGGACAAGCUCUAUGACCUCCUCUUCACCAACUCGCCCUUCCAGCGCGACUUCAUGGAGCAGCGCCGCUUCUCCGACAUCAUCUUCCACCCGUGGAAGAAGGAGGAAAACGGGAACCAGAGCCGGGUGAUUCUGUACACCAUCACCCUGACCAACCCCCUGGCCCCCAAAACCGCCACCGUCAGGGAAACGCAGACCUUGUACAAGGCGAGCCAGGAGAGCGAGUGCUACGUGAUAGACGCCGAAGUCCUCACCCACGACGUGCCCUACCACGACUACUUCUACACCAUCAACCGCUACACGCUCACCCGCGUGGCCCGCAAUAAGAGCCGGCUCAGGGUCUCCACAGAGCUGCGCUACCGGAAACAGCCCUGGGGACUGGUGAAAACGUUCAUUGAGAAGAACUUCUGGAGUGGGCUGGAGGACUACUUCCGCCAUUUAGAGAGCGAGCUGGCCAAGACGGAGAGCACCUACCUGGCCGAGAUGCACAGGCAGUCGCCCAAAGAGAAGGCCGGCAAGGCCCCGACGGUGCGGAGGAGGAAGCGGCCCCACGCCCACUUGCGGGUGCCUCACCUGGAGGAGGUCAUGAGCCCUGUCACCACGCCCACUGACGAGGACGUGGGCCGCAGGAUCAAGCACGUGGCAGGUUCCACGCAGACACGGCAUGUGCCCGAGGACACCCCCGACAGUUUCCACCUGCAGAGUGUGUCUAAGCUGCUGCUGGUUAUCAGCUGCGUGAUCUGUUUCAGCCUGGUGCUGCUGGUCGUCCUGAACAUGAUGCUCUUCUACAAGCUCUGGAUGCUGGAGCACACCACCCAGACCCUCACCGCCUGGCAGGGCCUGAGGCUCCAAGAAAGGGGUCUGGGAGCACAGGACAGUCUGCCGAGCAUAACUCCAGCUGCUGGGGUGCCCCUUCUUCUGCCCCACAGGUUACCCCAGUCUCAGACAGAGUGGGCCCAGCUCUUAGAGUCCCAGCAGAAGUACCACGACACAGAGCUCCAGAAGUGGCGGGAGAGCAUCAGGUCCUCGGUGAUGCUCCUCGAUCAGAUGAAGGACUCGCUCAUCAAUCUUCAGAAUGGCAUCAGGUCCCGCGACUACACGUCCGAAAGUGAAGAGAAGAGGAACCGCUACCAUUGACAAGAUUUUAAAAAGAGAUCAUGCCUACGUACCAGGGAGAAGGAGCGGGACCUCCCGCCCCUGUGCCGGCCAGAGCGUUUUCCUGCGGUGGAGGGGCGAGGAGGGCAGGCAGCAGCUCUCAGCACCGACCGCCCCAUCCCUCCUCCCACCCUCUGACCCCACCCCUUUCCUUGCUGGCCACUCUUGGCUCUUAGAAGGGAAAUGCUGAGCCAAAGUCAUGCCUGCGAAGACCCUAGGGUGUCGACACGAGGUCUCAAGGGGGCAUUGCUUAAGGUGCUUCAUUCCCGAAUCCCCUUUGAUUUCUUCCAAAAUAAAAGAGAAUCUCUUCUUCCCUU